GCCGGCCUUGUUCUGGCUGCCGCCGCCGCGCUGAGGCGGAGUAGGAUGAGGCCCGCGGCUGCGGCUCCGGCAUCGGCGGGGGCAGCAGCAGCUGAGGCAGCAGCUGAGGCAGCCGCGACGGCUGCGCCGCCCGCUUCUGACCUGGAUUAGGCCCAGCAGCUCCGUGGCCGCCGCCGCCCCACGGGGGGGCGGGGUGGGGAAGUGCUUCGUCUCCCCGCCCCCCCCCCCGUCGCUUCUCAAGAGGCAACCGCCGCGACCCCAGCGAAGCCCACGGUCCAGCCUUGAGCCCCCACCCCCGGGGGCUGGCAUGAGCGGCCCCUCGGCGGCGCCGGGGGGCGGCGGAGUCGCCGUCGCCUGAGCCCCGGCCUGCCGGUCGACCCCACCUCGCCUACCGAGGCUGACCGCUGAGCUGCGAACGACCCCACCACUGCUUGCUUCCCCCCCAGAUCAUACGCUCCAGCCCCAGAAGAUGGGGAACUGCCUCAAAUCCCCCACCUCGGAUGACAUCUCUUUGCUUCACGAGUCCCAGUCCGACCGGGCUAGCUUUGGCGAGGGGACGGAGCCGGAUCAGGAGCCGCCGCCGCCAUAUCAGGAACAAGUUCCAGUUCCAGUCUAUCAUCCAACACCUAGCCAGACUCGGCUAGCAACCCAACUGACUGAAGAGGAACAAAUUAGGAUAGCUCAAAGAAUAGGCCUUAUUCAGCACCUGCCUAAAGGAGUUUAUGACCCUGGAAGAGAUGGAUCAGAGAAAAAGAUCCGAGAGUAA